GUUCUUCCGGAUUGAAUCAAACCGGAAACCUGUUCGCUCACUCAAUAGCUUUUGUUUUCGCUGUUGCACAUCGAUUUGAAAAAUCAGGCGUCAUGUCGGGAUCAUCAAACAUUGUUGCGAUGAAGAAAGUCGUCCAGCAAUUGCGCUUUGAAGCAAACAUCAACAGAGUAAAGAUUUCUCAGGCGGCUGCAGAGCUCCAGCAGUUUUGCAUUCAAAACGCCCUACAAGAUCCUCUGCUGACUGGUGUGUCUUCAAGCACCAACCCCUUCAGGACACAGAAAGUUUGCUCCUUUUUGUGAGGGUUCAUACUGGUUUUUGCCCUGGGCUUGUUCCUGUUACAUUUCUGCUGGGAAAAGAAGACCGCUGCCAUGAUGUUUAAAAGAAACUGCAACAGCACAAAGCUGUCUACUUGCCAGCCAAUACCUCAUGCCAGAAACACAGAAUGAAGAACUGAAUGGAUUCACCUCUCUGGCCUUUUUUCAGUUACGGUGCAUUUUUCUCUCAAUUUUCGUUGACGAAGAACCUUCUUUUUAUAUCUUGUAACUUGUAAUUAACUCUCUCUUUGAUAUGCCUAUUAUUUUUAAAUGUCUGCGUUAACAAGUGAUAAGGAAUGCUCCAGAUUUGGGGAGGAAAGGCUUUUGUAUUAUUUUUGUCAGGAACAGCAGAGGAAACAGUAAUUUAUUGUGCCGUUUUUUAACACUGUAGUCUCUUUCUAUCUUCUCUGCCUUAGACUUUUUAUAACCCACAAUAAACCAGUUGAUUUCUACACGUCUCUCAUUA